CUUUACUGUGAAACACGCAACAAACCCUUCGUGGAACGACGACCUCGCCGCUGCUGGUCCCUUCCUGCGCCUUCCGCCUUUCUCCAAGCACGCACGUUGCCCCUACCAGUCGACACAAUCUGCCCCAACGUCCCUACCAAGCCAGGUAGACCUCGCUGGUCAGCUCAAAAAGCUCUCAGUGCGGAGAGGUCGAUAGGGCACCUCUCCGGACCUCAAAAGCCGCCUGUUGCUGGCGCACAUAUCCACGAGUGCUCCCUUGGGGCCGCGCGCACGAGCUGCACCUUUUUUUUUCCAGGCGCGAAGUUCGACCACUCCCACGCCAUCUACGGCCUACCAAGCAACAUGACAGCAUCGACAAACCGCACCGGCGCCGACGGCGCAUCUGCACCUGUUCCCUUCUCGUAUGCGCAAGCUGCCAAGGGCCUCUCGAACAACGCGACGUCGAAUCCCGCUAAACAGCCUUCUGGGACAUCGACGCCGGCAAAAGACGACGCGACGAAUUCCACUGCCAUACCGCUUGCCUCAGUUCCUAGCUGGGCAGACGAUGCAGAGCAACUCGAAUCGCGCGACGAGAAGAGGGAUACCCGACCCCAGAAGGUCCAGGUCCCGUCAAAACAGGGGCCUCAGGAUACUGCUGCCACGUUUGCGGUGACCUCGCCCUCCUCGGGUGCUCCUUCUUCUAUUACGGCCAAAGAUGACGAUGUCUCGUCCGUACAGAAUGCAUCCUCGGAGUCGACCUCCAACUGGGAGAAUAAAUCGCAGGCUUCGACUUCCGUGGACAAGAUCUCCGAGUCUGGCAAGUCUUCUGAGAAGGCAAAGGCGAAGAGCUCGGAGAAGGGUCCCAUCAAACCUUUACAAGAAGCUCCUGUACCUGCUGUGAAUCCUUGGGCGCGCAGAGCAGAUGAGCUCAAGGCAAAGGCAGCCCAGAAAAUCGCUGCACCCAAGGUGAAUACCAGUGUUGCCCCGGCGAGCGCCAACGCAGCACAGUCACCGCUGAGUCCCACGAAAAAAGCGGCUAAGGGUAUCUCUCAUAGUGAAGGGCAGGAUGCGAAGGAGAAGGGCGUGUCAGGAGACUUCAGGCCGAAGGGACGAGACGAUGAGAGAGCAUCCUCAGGACGGAAGGAAUCCAAAGCGGAGCUGGAUUCGGACAAGGCGAGGAAGGGUUAUAAAAGCCGGCCCGCAGACAAGGAACCCAGGGCCGCUGCGAGCGUUCUUCCUCUACCGCCGGAUCGCGAUCAGGAAUCAUGGCCUACACCAGACAUUGCCGUUGAUGAAGAGAGGAGAAAGGCGCAAAGCAAAUCAGAUAAGACCGAUGUUGAACGCAAGGAGCCUUCCUCAAGCCGGCCGCAUGGCAAACAGGAAUGGGUGCCCGUUCCCUACACGCCCACCGUGGUCUUCAACACACCGUUACCGAGCACGAUGUCGUCCAGACGGGGCGGCAGAGGAGGAGGCCGUGGAGGUUCUCAAGCUAACGGAAGGAAUGGCAACAUGCCUGGAAGCUCGGGAAGCGUUGAGAAAGAUGCUUCUGCUCCCCAGACCAAUGGAGACGUUGGUAAACGCGGGCGAUCCGACGUGUCUUCCGGACGUGAUUCAUUUGCAAAGGAAGCAAGAGCGGUCAGUGUUGGUUCUUCCGGAGUGAACGAGUCGAGGUCCACGGUACAAGGAGAAGAGAAGCCUGGCAAGACAAUGUCUGGUACGGAGGCUGAUGGGCGUCGGAGGGUCUCGGUACCUGCAGAGGCCGGGUCAGGUUCCCAGUCUGCAUCCCAGAACAACACCUUCCCCCGACAGUAUGGCCAACGUCCAAACAAGGGCCGCAGAGGGGACGUCACUCAUCAAGGCGAAAAGAGGAAGGAGGGUGAAGGAACCGGUCAAGGCAGAGAUGCCUCGCACGACCGGCGUACUUCAACCGCAAACCACGCGGAGCUUGCCGACGAAGGAGAGCGGAGAUCCUCCCAUCCGCAUGCUGCCCAGAAUGGACAGUCGAGACUUGCGUCGAAUGAGCGUCGUCAGUAUGGGUCCUUCUCCGGUCGUGACCGUGCGCGCGGCGCUGGGCGUGGACCGCGUGGGGCACCUUUCCAGAAUCCAGCAGGCCACCAGUUUGCAAAUGGCCAUGCGAACAAUAUGCAUGGCUCGUCCACGUUCGCAAUGCGUUCUCCAACGACUUUCCACCCAGAUCAGAAUGCCUACUUCUCAGCUGGUAGCCAGCAGAACAGAUCGUAUCGUGGCGGCCAUCGUUCCCAGUCUGUGGCUGGCGACGGUAUCUAUGGACGGGCUCCUGCUUAUCCCGCUGGAGCACAGCAGAUCCCUCCUAUACAGACUUUCAUGUCGGGCGUGUACGACUAUCAAAUGAUGAGCCCAAUGAGUGCAGUUCCCUACAGUCCCUACGGUUACGACAGUUUGAUUACCUUGGUCACUACCCAAGUGGAAUACUAUUUCUCUGUUGACAAUCUCUGCAAGGACAUGUUCUUGCGGAAGCACAUGGAUUCACAGGGCUAUGUCUUCUUGAGCGUGAUUGCCGACUUCAACCGGGUAAAGCAGCUCACAACCGACAUGGAGCUCCUCAAGUUCGUCUGUUACAAUGCGCCAAGCAUAGAUUUCCGUGUUGGUGUGGAUGGUAGGGAAAGGGUGCGCAGGCGAGAGGGCUGGCAACAGUGGGUCUUGUCAAUGUCGGAGCGUGACCCGUCUGCCCAGAACGAUGGUUCGGAAUUGCAGAGUCCUCCGGUCCUUCACAUGAAUGGAUUCGAUCCGGCUCCCUAUCCUGGGUACUCUACUUCAUCGACAGUGGCGAAUGGUUUCCCCGCUGGCAACAACCCGGAGACUCGGCUGCAGCAAGCAGACAGCACGCAGAAUGGUGCAUUGGAUGGUCAGGCGCCUAACGGCAUCAAUGGUUUCGUCGGUGUGAACGGGCACUACGAAAUGUCGACCAAGGCUGUGAGUGGCGAUCCCGAUUCUUUUCCUGACGCACAGGUGGAGACGUUAAGCGUCAUUGCCCACAUACGCGGGCAGCCGCAGGUGCCAGAUCCACCUCUUUCUGCCUCAGGAACACGUUCUAAUGGAUCAUUUGACAGUAACAACGAUCUGCAAGAUGGUUUGGAAGAGACACGUCACCAGCAGUUCGCACUGAAGGUCGACGGCGUCAGUACUGAACGGGGGUAAGCGCAUUGGCUUCCGCCCUGACCGGCUGGACCAGCGCUGAUGCCCACGGCAGUCAUGAAAGCCGACCUCAGGACCGCUGAGAUGCUUGAGCCCGUUUGCGCACUUUUCUUCCACUGUCACGCCUUAUGGGUCUCUUCUGAGUCAGAGGCCGAGAUGCACCUUUCGAUUCACUCCCUUUCGAUACCACUUACGAAUGCUAUACAUAUACCCAUCUUCGUUUCAAAG